AUGGCCUCCUCGCCCGCCAACCUCCGCUCCCUCUACCGCUCCCUCCUCCGCGAACUCCCGCCCCGCCCCAUCCUCGCCUCUCCCCGAACUCCCAUCCACAACCGCAUCCGCUCGUCCUUUACCGAAACCUCAAACUCCUCGUCACCGUCACUGCACGACGCAGAGCACCAAGCCCAGCUCGCCCACCAGGCCGUCACCUACCUGCGCGCCCAGCGCAUGUACGUCACCCUCGUCGAGCGAUAUAAUCCCGGCAUGGAGAUGCCGCAGGACGAGCGCAUUCGCCUGACGGCCCGGAGAGUCGGGAUGGAUCUUCCUGCGGCUAAGGCUAAGAAGGAGGAGAAGUGA